UUCUGUCAGAGCGAUGGCCGCAGUCACAAGUGAAUUACCUAGAGAGCCGACAACUACCACCAAUACCAAAAGCGAUCGCCUGAGGGCAGUGAAAAAACGUGUGACCACGUGUUUGCAGCAGUGGUGCCAGAAGCUCCAGCAGCCCGCCUCCUUUCGCAAGAGUUCCUCCAGCCGCUUCUACAGGAUCUUCGUGAAGGCCGAUUACACGGCAAUUGGCGAUAAAUUCAAAUCCGUUCGCCAAUUCCACAAGAUCUUCAAGGCGGGAAGGAAAAAAAGAGAAGAACCGGCGGAGUCGGUCGAUGAGCGCCAGCAGUUGCAGUUUGUGGCGAGACUCUUCUCCUCCACAUUGAUUUCCACGGAGGAGAUUUACGGUAACGGAAAAACCAGCUACAGCAGCCGGAAAAGUCAGAGUUACAACAGCAACAGCAUGACCAUUAUUGAGAGCAACUAUAUAGCCGUAAGGGAGGAGAAUCCCGAUAUAGACGCAGAGGUGCGCGCCAUUUUGCUAUCUCAUGCCCAGAAUGGCAUUACGAUAUCGAGCAUCAAGAGUGAAUAUCGGAAACAAACGGGCAAUACCUUCCCGCUGCACGACAAUGUCACCGACUUCCUGCUCACCAUUCCAUAUGUCACCGCCGAAUGCAGUGAGACCGGCAAGAGGAUUUUCAACAUGAAGCCCAACAAGGAUAAUCGUCAUCUGUACGAUAUGGUCCUAAAUCAAAAGCCGCGCAACGACUGCAGCAGCGGUCCGCCCUCCUCCGUGGAGUACAAUAGGCCGGUGGGGCAGCGUGGACCGCCCCGUCACUGGCGGUAUCAGUACAAGCGCCGGGCCCAAUCCCCGCUGGAAAACACAAACCAGAUCAAACAACUGAACACCGAACAGAAUGGUAUGGAGAAGCUCCAGGACAAUGUCCAAAUCAGAGCGAUUACGACCAAUUCGGCUACCCUGCAGAAACUGGCCAAAGCUGCAGGGGAGUCGAAUUGGUGCUACCAGGAUAAUUGGAAUCAUCUCAACAAUUUCUACCAACAAAACAACGUGAAUGGACCACAAAAUCCAGUGCCACCCAACAUUUACAUCGAUACUCCGGAUCAGCACACACAGGUGACAGAUCCAGAGCUACUUCAUUGCCAGAACCGAAAUCCCAGCCAGAACCAAAACUACCACCAGGAUAUAUAUAAUAACCAUAACAGAGAUAUGCUUGAAUUUAAGAGACCUCGUGACUUAACACCCACUCCCACCACCACCAGUGGCACCCAAAAUGACUCGAUGAUGACUAUCAGCUCCGAUUUUGAUGCCUUUCUGCUUGAUUUUCCGCUCAUGGGCGAUGACUUCUUCCUAUAUCUGGCCCGCAUGGAGCUUAACUGUCGGUUCAAGCGAUACGAGCGGGUCCUGCAGUCAGGACUUUGUGUCUCCGGACAGACAAUUAUUGGCGCCAGAAACAGGUUUAGGAAAGUUUACUUACCGGAGAAUACCCAGAUCAUAGUCAACAUCGGAUCGGUGGAUAUAAUGCGGGGCAAGCCCCUCGUCCAGAUCGAACAUGAUUUUCGAUUGCUAAUCAAGGAGAUACACAGCCGGAGAUGCAUCCCGAUCUUAACAAAUCUGGCACCUCUGGCCAACUACUGUCACGAUAAGGUCCUGUGCGAUAAGAUCUCCAAAUUUAAUAAGUUUGUACGCAACGAGGCAAGAAGUCAUCUGAAGUUCAUUGAUAUUAAUUCUUGUCUCAUAAACGAGAAGAAAAAUGUCCUAUUUGAUUGUUUUCAAAGUGCACCACGUACCGUCACUGGUUCCAAGGAACCCUAUCUCUUUUGGAACAAAAUAGGACGGCAACGUGUCCUCCAAACAAUCGAAUCCUGCCUGGAGUAUUGACCAGAACUUUUGACUGGGCUGGCACCGGUCCAUCUAUGAAGAUGAUUUUUACCAAAUUUUACGCUGACGGCACUCUGCUUUUAAUGGAAUUCGCUUAACUUUUAAUAUGUUAUAUGUCUAUGUGUCAAUGUCCCUGUCUAUUUUUAUGUUCAAUUGUAUUCGUGCGCUUGUGAGAGUCCCCCUAAUUGUUUAUACAUGUUUUGUGUUUUUUGUUAGUUUUUAACUUUAUGUGGUUUUCGCAGCCUGGUAUUCAUUUCGUAAUAUUUAGAGCUUUCGCCCAUUUCUUGCAUCUAUCCCAAAAACUGUGUGAAAAUUCGACUUACGAAGUGAUAUAAGGAUGCUAAAAACUUUCUCUACACUCUAAAAAUUAUUCCAUCACAUUUUUCAUUUCAAUUUACUGUUUCUAUUGGAUUGCAAAAUGGAAUUUAACUGCAAAUCAUUGCAAAUGUUAUAAUCUGUUUUUUGUUCUCCAUUUUUUUUCUGUUUUUUUGGGCCAAAAUGCUGCAUGCUCAUGUAUAGGAAUCUGAUGCCGCCUUGCCACAAGAGUGGGUGGGAUGGAGGGUUAUAUACAUUUGAGUCAUGCCGCAUUUUGGUCGCGAUGAAAAUGCAUUUGCUUCCCUUGAAGCAUUCGCUUGCACAAAAUCAACGCCGCGGCUGAUUUAUUAUUGAUGUGCCAAGCAAUUUCAAGUGAAACAUUUGUGAGAUUUUCGUGUUCCGGUUUCCGUUAGAGUUUUUCCCAUUUCUUGUAAAAAAGUUUAUAAAAUGCUUAUACUUUGCUGUAAACAUGCCAUCGGAAGUGCGCGCUUUAUACUUCUGUUUGCUGCAAAGUAUACAAACUAACUCAUUUCUUUUCAAAUUAAUCUAAAGUGCUAUCUAAUAUUUAUAAACUAGUUUAAUGUCUUGUAUGUAUGUUUUUUGUAUGUAUCGGAAGUGAUCACGUUUUUUUUUGUC